UGACCAGUUUCAUCGUCCACGUCAAAAUAAUGGCGAACGUUGAUCGUUUCGUUCGAAGAUUUCAGUGUUGUUAGCAUGGGAUUACCACUAUAUGUUCCGAAAUUUCUUGCUUUUAACGUCUCGUCGAGUUCUUCACGUUAUGAGCGAACAAACAGAGGCAAAACAGACGAUGCGUGUGGCAACGUUCAAUGUGUUAGCACCAUGCUACAAUUGGUUAAGUGGUUGGUGGGACCAGUGUGAAAGCUCCAAACCCAACUUGUACCUGCCAAGAUUUCAUGCUAUUAAAGACCUCAUUUCUAAGCAGACACCUAGCUUAGAUGUGGUUUGUCUUCAGGAAUUUUGGUUUCAUGAUGAUGUUAUGGAACUCUUUGAUUCACAGUUUGAUAAAAAGUAUAGAAUAGUUAAGCUCAAAAGGCCAGGAUUUAAGACAGAUGGAUUAGCAAUUUUGGUUGAUCGCUCAAUAAACAUCCUGUCCAUAAGUCCUAUUUGGUUUAAUGAUAUGAAUCGUCGAGUGGCUUUACUGGUGCAUCUCCUGUUACCAGAGGAACACGAGGUUAUUCUUAUGACAACACAUUUGACAUAUUGCUCAAAUUACAUUGACCAAUUUCUGAGAAUGUGGCAAAUAAAGAAAGUAAAAAGUGAAAUUGAAUCCUAUCAGGAAAAGAAUAAUGUACAACAUGUGCCUGUGGUGUUAGCAGGAGAUUUUAAUGGCUGCCCAGACGAUGCCGUUUACAGUUAUCUCGUGGAAAAUGGCUUUACAUCGUCUUACAAAACCGUUCACAACAGAGAACCGCAAGUCACACACAGACUCUACAGUGGAGAAGAGAUCCUGGUAGAUUAUAUAUUUUACAGGAACUCGUCCCCUUGUCACCUUGUUCCCAAACAGUCCAUGGUUUUGCCCGCAGAAUACAGUGAUGAGGAAUGGCCUAAGGAAUUUACGCUGUCUGACCACAGGAUGAUCAUGACAGAAUUUGAGCUAGAAACUAAAGAAAGUAGACAGCCUGAUAGCCAGACAAGUGACCAGGCUGGUAGUCGGAUAGUGUGAAAGUUGGGCAGUCUGGCAGUCGGAAAGCCUGACAGCUGGCAUGGAAGUCUGACAGACGGGACUGACAGCCGGAUAGUCUGACAGAAGGGACAGCCGGACAGUCUGACAGACGAAACAGCUAGAUAGUCUGACAGAUGGGACAGCUGGACAGUCUGACAGACAGACAGUUUGACAGUCGGAACGCCUGACAGUUUGACAGUCAGCUGACAGCAGGACUGUCUGACAGACUGGCAGCCUGAUGGACGGGCAGUCUGGCGUAGUUGGAUUACAGAUCAUCAGCUGGGCGGUUUUCGUUUUCAUUUGUUAAUGCAAGUCGUUGCAUUGUUUAAUAUCCACGACUCCUUUAUCGUUAUUUUAAAGUGAAUGUUUAUCUAAUUUAUGAAAUGGAAAGGGAUGUUCGCCCUCGGUAUGUUUUAUUGUAAAUAAAAGGCAACCAUUUCUAUAA